CCCCUCAUCCCGAUUCUUUUUCUCUUCUUACCCUUUUACCGUUUUGCUCAAGCAAGAUGCAGUCCUCAGCUGCUAAAAGGGACCCCGUCCUCAUCGUCGGCGCCGGCAUAACAGGCCUUAUCCUGGCGCAUGCACUCAAACAGAAAUCCAUCCCCUUCACCAUCUACGAGCGCGAUCCAACCCCCUCCUCACGCCACCAAGGCUGGGCCCUAACACUCCACUGGGCACUGCAAUAUCUCCCCUCACUCCUACCGCCUUCGGUACUCUCAGCCAUUGAAGCAGCACAGGUCGACCCCGUCGUCGCAGCGAACGAUAAUGGGAAUUUCUUGUUCAUCAAUAAUGCGACGGGCGAAGUCAAGUGGCGGAUUCCGCCGAAUCGGCGGUGGAGGGUUAAUCGGGAGCGGUUGAGGCGAGUCCUUCUUCGGGGUGUUGAGGAGUACAUCGAGUGGGGGACGAGGGUUGAGGGGGUGAAGUUUGCUGAUGACGAGGGUGGGAAUGGGAAAGAGAAGCCGAGGCUUAUCCUCCAACGCAGAAUCAACUCAUCCGACAGGGAAGAAGAGGAAAAGAUGGAGGAAGAACAAAGUGAACCCGCAACGCUCAUCGUUGGAACGGAGGGCUCGCGCUCCUCCAUCCGCCGUUUCCUCUGUCCGGACAACUACACGAAUAACCCGCUCCCCAUUCGCUUCACAGGCGUUGGUAUCAGCCUGUCAGCGGCAGAAGUCGCGCCCCUACGUGAGAUGGACCCCUUGCUCUUCCAGGGCUGUCAUCCCGAGACGGGUGACUACUUCUGGUUUUCUAUGCUCGAUGCGCCAUCGCGUCAUCCUUCUUCAGCUCAACCACCAACAUCCAACCAGGAAGAAACCAAUUCAGCGGAGAAUGGAGAAGAGAGGCCCUACAAAGUCCAACUCGGCCUCUCCUGGCCAGUAAAUUCCCCUACCGACGAAGUCCCAGCCACAGACGCAGAACGCCUAGCGAACAUGAAGCGCCGCGCAGCGAAUUUCGUCCCCUUCCUGCGUGACGUGAUACAGAAUAUUCCCGAGGGGACGCCGGUCGUCGAGGUGAAAUUGGCGGAUUGGAAGCCGCAGCCUUGGGAUAAUCGUGGCGGAACCGUGACGCUUGUGGGCGAUGCGGCGCAUGCGAUGACGAUGUACCGAGGCGAAGCCUGCAACCACGGGAUCCUCGACGUAUACAACCUCGUCACCGCGAUCGAGGCGAUCUACUCGGGCUCCGACCCAGCGAGUGCGAUUACAGAUUACGAGACCGAAAUGCGCGAGCGAGGCGAGCGCGCUGUGCAGCUGAGUCACCAGGCUUGUCUGGACGCACACGACUGGGCUUCGCUGAAUGAGAACUCGGCAAUUUUGGCGAGGCGGAAGCUUUGA